AUGGCCUCUACUCAAAUACCAACCGAGCAGUGGGCGCAGGUAGUAGAGAAGAAGGGCGGCCCCGUGUCGUACAAGAAAAUCCCCGUCCCCACCUGCGGACCAGACGAAGUGCUCGUCAACAUCAAAUACAGCGGCGUGUGCCACACCGACCUGCACGCCAUGAUGGGAGACUGGCCCCUACCAACCAAAAUGCCCCUCGUCGGCGGCCACGAAGGAGCCGGCAUUGUUGUCGCGCGCGGUGAGCUCGUAAAGGACAUCGAGAUCGGCGACUACGCCGGCAUCAAGUGGCUCAACGGCUCCUGCGCCGCGUGCUACUACUGCCGACAGGCCGAUGAACCCCUCUGCGGCGAGCCCCAGCUCAGCGGAUAUACCGUGGAUGGGUCGUUCCAGCAGUACUGCAUCGGCAAGGCGGCCCAGGUGGCCCAUAUUCCCAAGGAGUGUAGUCUUGAGGCUAUUGCGCCGAUUCUGUGUGCGGGUUUGACGGUUUAUAAAGCGUUGAAGGAGAGUGGGGCGAGACCGGGGCAGUUUGUUGCGGUUGUGGGGGCGGGCGGCGGGUUGGGGAGUCUCGCGAUACAGUACGGUAAGGCCAUGGGUUUGCAUGUCAUUGCUGUUGAUGGAGGCCAGGAUAAGGGCCAGCAUUGUCUUGACUUGGGUGCCACGGCGUAUGUGGAUUUUACGACUUCGAAGGACUUGGUUUCGGAGGUAAAGCAAGCGAGCGGGGAAGAUGGGUUGGGGCCGCAUGCGGUGCUAGUCUUGGCUGCGAGCGAGAAGCCGUUCCAGCAGGCAAGCGAGUAUGUGAGGAGUCGUGGUACUAUUGUGUGCAUUGGGUUGCCAGCGAAUGCAUACUUGAAGGCGCCUGUGUUUGAUACUGUUACUCGCAUGAUCAAUAUCAAGGGCAGCUAUGUUGGGAACCGGCAGGAUACCGCCGAAGCAAUUGAGUUCUACAGGAGAGGGCUCAUUAAGUCUACCCACAAGACUGUAGGGCUGAGUGAGCUGCAGAGUGUCUUCAAAUUGAUGGAGGAGGGCAAGAUUACCGGACGAUAUGUCGUUGACACGAGCAGAUAG